AUGCCUCGUGCCGAAGCCGGAAGUGUCAAGGCGAUAGGAAACAAAAUCAAGAGCAAAGGAUUGCAGCGUCUCAGGUUCUAUUGUCAGGCUUGUGAGAAGCAGUGUAGGGACCAAAAUGCAUUGAAGCAGCACUGUCUAAGCGAGUCUCAUGUGCGCCAAAUGCUCCUGAUCAGUGAAGAUCCGAAGAGCCAUAUCCGAAAAUAUAGCGAGGAAUUUAAGACGAAUUUCGUGAACCUGCUCAAGACUACCCAUGGAGAGAAAAAAGUACAUAUCAAUCACUUCUAUCAGCAAGUCAUUGCUGACAAAACCCACAUUCACAUGAAUGCUACGGAAUGGAAGUCACUUACCCAGUUUGCCGCCUACCUCGGAAAAGAAGGAAUUUGCCGCGUCGAAGAGACGGAGAAAGGACUCUUUGUCUCAUGGAUCGAUAACAGCCCCGAAACACUGCGCAAGCGCGAGGCGGUUAUGAGAAAAGAACGACAGGACAAGGGUGAUGAAGAACGGGAGCAGCAACAGAUCCAGGAGCAGAUAGAACGGGCGCAGCUCAGCGCUGCCAGCGUGACCAAGGAGAAGGACGAUAACUUAGAAGACCGGAUGCUACCCCAAGAAGAUGGAGAAAAAGUGAAGUUGAACUUUGGAUUUGGUUCAAAGCCCAAUGCGGACGCGAAGCCUGGUUUGCCUUCGGCCGCCGAAGACUCGGCUCCAAAUGACUCUUCGGCCCCGACACCCACAGAUGCGUCAACGCCGGCCGAUGCUUCUCCCGCGCCAUCGGCUUCUCAGGCUCCCGCUAAGAUCUCGAUGUCCUUUGGCGGACAGAAGCCGAAGAAUGUGUUUGCCAGUGCUGGGAAGAAAAAUCCAUUGGCUGGCAAGAAGGGGCCUGUGUUAGCACCACAGAAGAAAAUCAGUGAACAGGAGCGAAUCAUGAAGGCGGAGAUGGAAGCAAUGGAACGCAAACGGUCCCGCCCUGACUCUGGAUUCAAUGCUAAGCGACCAAAACUCACCUGA